AUGAGAGGCUGCAGCUCCCGGCCUAGCGACCCCCUGCUCCCCCGAGCGCUGCUCCUGGUACUGCUGAUGGCUAUAGGGACCCGGGCGCAGAAGAGAGGACUAGCACCACUCUCCUCAGGCUGUGGUGAAAAUGAGUUUCAGUGCAAGAACCUGCAAUGUAUCUCAAACUUGUGGAAAUGUGAUGAGGAUGAUGACUGCAGUGAUAACAGUGACGAAGAGGACUGCCCUAAACACACCUGUGCGGAGACAGACUUCACGUGCAACAAUGGUCACUGUAUCUCAGCCCGCUGGAAGUGUGACGGAGAGGAAGAGUGUCCUGACGGGAGUGAUGAAUCAGAAGCUACCUGCAGUGACCCAAAGCACCUGUGUGCAGAGGGGAAGUUCAGCUGUGGAGUAUCGACCAGUAAAUGUAUCCCAGCAUCUUGGCGCUGUGAUGGAGAGCGGGACUGUGAGAAUGGCAUGGAUGAGCUGGACUGUCCCAAUGUCUGCUCCCGAGCACAAUUCCAGUGUGAUGACAAGUCAUUUAUCUCUGCCACCCUGGCGUGUGAUGGUGUGAAGAACUGCCUUGAUGGGAGCAAUGAGGUGGACUGCUUGCCUGUGACCUGCAAGCCCAGGGAGUUCCGCUGUGGGAUGGGAAUCUGUAUAUCUGAGAAGUGGGUCUGUGAUGGACAAGCAGAUUGUGCUGAUGAGUCAGACGAGGCAGAGAAUCACUGUGGUUUGAAGAGUCAGCCCCAGGCAGUCACACAUUGUGAGGCAAAUGAAUUUCAGUGUGGUAAUGGCAAGUGUAUCCACGUACACUGGCGAUGUGAUGGCGAUGAGGACUGCAAAGACAAAUCUGACGAGCUUGGCUGUCCUCUGGUGACUUGACAACCUGAUGAGUUCCAGUGUGGGGAUGGAUCCUGUGUUCACGGCAUGAAGCAGUGUAAUGGUGUACAAGAUUGUCCUGAUAGCAGUGAUGAGGCUGGUUGUGCUAGUGCUGCAGAGUCCUCGUGUAUCGGGCCAGGAAAGUUCCAGUGUAACAGUGGGGAAUGUAUCGACAGAUUCAGAGUGUGUGAUAAAAACAGAGACUGUCGGGACUGGUCAGAUGAGCCAAUGAAGGAGUGUGAUGUUAACGAGUGUUUGGUUAGUAAUGGAGGUUGCUCACACAUCUGCAGAGAUCUGGCAGCUGGGUAUGAGUGUGACUGUCCUCAAGGGUACAGACUGCUGGACAAGAAGAGCUGUGAAGAUAUUAAUGAAUGUGAGAAUCCUGAUGCCUGUAGCCAGCUCUGUGUUAAUUACAAGGGAGGGUACAAAUGCGAAUGCCACGAGGGAUACGAGAUGGACAGUGUGUCCAAAACAUGCAAGGCUGAGGGCCAAGCUCCAUACCUUAUCAUCACAAACAGACACGAGCUGCAUCAGAUUGACCUAAUCUGUAGAGACUACAGUCGUUUAACAGCCCAGCUAAAGAAUGUGGUAUCUCUGGAUGUGGAGGUGUCCAGCAGGAAGAUUUAUUGGUGUGACCUUUUUUACCGCAGGAUAUACAGUGCUCCGCUAGAUCGUGCUGUGGAUCCAACAGAGCAUGUCGUGCUUAUUAACACUCACUUACACUCCCCUGAGGGUCUGGCCCUGGAUUGGGUUCAUAGGAAUAUUUAUUGGACCGACUCUGGCAACAAGACCAUCUCUGUGGCAACUGCUGAUGGCUGCAAAUGAAAAACACUAUUCAACAGCGGCUUAGCAGAGCCAAGAGCCAUUGAUGUGGAUCCCGCAUAUGGGUUCAUGUUCUGGUCAGAUUGGGGAGACCCUGCCAAGAUUGAAAAGGCUGGACUAAAUGGGGCGGAUCGGCAGGUGCUUGUGGCUGAUAACAUAGAGUGGCCCAAUGGAAUCGCAUUAGAUGUUUUGAGCCGUCGAUUGUAUUGGGUGGACACCAAGCUGCACUCUCUCUCCAGUGUGGACUUUAAUGGUUUCAACAGAAAGACCCUGAUCACUUCUGAGGACAAGUUGAGUCACCCAUUUGGGCUGGCUGUGUUUGAGGACAAGGUUUUCUGGACGGAUCUGGAGAAUGAGGCCAUCUUCAGUGCUAAUCGACUUAAUGGACAUGAAAUUUCUGUCCUUGCAGAGAAUCUUAACAAUCCUCAUGAUAUUGUGGUUUUCCAUCCACUUAAACAGCCAAAAGCUGUAGAUGCUUGUAGCUUGGGCCCGCAUUCAAAUGGAAGCUGUGAAUACCUGUGCCUUGCAGCUCCCCAGAUCUCCGUGCACUCCCCCAAAUACACAUGCACUUGUCCAGAUGGUAUAGAGCUGGGGCCUGACAUGAGAAGCUGCAGGAAAGUCAGUGCAGAAACCGCAGCGGUCACUUCCUUUCCUCUCACUACUACAUCUGUUACCUUGGCCAAGGAGUUGGUAGUUACUACUGAAACCAGUCCUGUAGCUCCCUCUACCCCCAUCUUUACUACUAGUAAUGCUAAGACUACAGAAAGUAUUUCCAGCACCACGGUAACCAGCGGGAACAACAGCGCAUCACUGCACUAUGGAAAUACAGUAGCUGACCUCAGCUCAUCACUCACGGCUGCAGUGAUUGGUGUAUCUGUGCCUGUUGCUGUUUUUGGGCUCCUCUGUCUUUCGAGGUAUCUCAUACAGAGGAACUGGAAGAGGAAGAACACAAAAAGCAUGAACUUUGAUAAUCCAGUUUAUCGCAAAACGACAGAAGAGGAGGAAGAGGAGGAAAUCCAUAUUGGUCGGACAGCACACAUAGGACAUGUCUACCCAGCGCGUGUUGCAUUAAGUCUUGAAGAUGAUGGAUUUCCAUAAGGAUUGAAAACCAGGUAUCCCGAAUCUCUCGUCCCUAUAUGGCUAUCAGACAUAUCACGGAUCCUUUGUUACAUGCAGCAAUAUGAGAUUAGUCAAGUGGAUCUGAGACGCAUC